AUCUCAUCAUCUCAAAACAAACAAUAUAUAUAUUCUCUCCAAACUCAAACACGAAGGCAUAGCCAAAUGGCAAGUUAUAACCCUCCAAAAACAUUUGAUGAUUUGUAUAAUGAAAUGUAUGAGUCAUAUAUGAUGGAUGACCACGCUUCCAUGACUGCGGUAGACAAUAUCCUAAACAGAAUCAUAAAUGAAGAGGCAUCAUCUUCACAUAUUACGAGAACAAAAAAGAAACGAGAAAACACGGAAAGAAAACGUGAAGAGGGGCACAAACAAAUAUGGAAUAAGCAACCCAAUUCACAAUGCACGACAACUCCGCCAAAGGUUUCGGACGAGAAAAAAAUUAUUCCUUCGCAUCGUCCACGCAGUUGAAAACCAUUCCACAUAUUUCACGUUUUAUUUGAUGUAUGUUUUUAUUAAUGUUCAUGGAUGAUGUUUUUAAAUUUCACGUGUAAUCUUUCUUAUGUGUGUGCCGUAAUUUUUAUAAGAUUAAUUUCAAUUUAAGAUAUUAAAAAAACAACUUUUAUUCAAUUAUUAAGUUAUAAAUAUAUAUUUGAAUUACAAGUUCUUAAAACACUAAUAUAUAUUUAAUUCUAAAUAAAAAAACAUGAAAAAGAUGGAAUUAAAACAAUGUUACAUAUAGUCCAGUCAGAGUUUAAGGUAUAAUGUAUAAAACAACGAAUUUAGAGUGAGUUUGAAAAUUGAAAAAAAAAAAAAAGUAGGUAAAAAUUUACUAAAUACUCCCUGAGUCCCAAAAUAUAGUUCCUAUUUCUAUUUUGGGUGUCCCAAAAUAUAGUUUCCAUUUCUAUAUUUAGUUUCACAUUUUUUCGUAAUUUGUCUAGAAAAAUCGUGUCCCAUCAUUUAUUUUCUUCUUGAAAUUUGUUUUUUCCUUUGUUUAUUCAACCAAAAUGUUACAAUUAAUGCUCUUUCACCAAUUAUUCUCCACUCUCUCUCUCUUAAAAUCAUCUUUUCCCAUACAACAUUUAUUUAAAUAAACAAAAAAUCUUUACUAUCCCUCUUAGAUUCUACUUGCAUAAAUUGCCGUAAAAAAGGGGAAAUGAGAAUUAUAUUUUGGAACGGAGGGAGGGAGUAGUUGAUAUAAAACAAUCUAAAGUCUGAACUCUAAAUUUUGGGAUUAAGUCUGAGCGAUAAAUUCACCGUUAGUAUCGUUCCCCGUGCACUGAUCAAACAAGAGAUGACAAUAUCCUCAACGUAACACAUAUCACAUCCACACACAAAAAUAACUCAUCUCAUAUUUGUCAUCUUAUUCUUCCCUCCCAAAAUCCCAAAACCUCCCUCAUUGCUCAAUCCUCACUUUUUCUACAGUCUAUUCCCUCCAAUAAUGGACCAAUGAUGAACACUCUAAACCUCCCUUUCACUUUCUCUCUCCUGAAAAUAUCCCCAACUUCCACAACCACAACCACAACCACAAGCAAACCCACCACCACCCGUGUUCGAGCAUCAGCAUCGGCAUCACGCAACACAAACACUAAGAAUAACAACAAUACUACUAUAGCUGAGUUUAUAGUAAACAGUAAAGAAAAACAAGAUGAUACUCUUCUCUCUCUCCUCCGCCAAAGAAAAACCCAAGAAGCAUGGAUUCUUUACUCCCAAUUACCUCAUCUCCCAAACCCAACUUGUCUAAGUCGUUUAAUUUCUCAACUUUCCUACGAAAACACCCCACUUUCAUUCUCUCGUGCACAAUCCAUCAUCUCCCGCCUUCGUCAUGACCGUCAGCUUCACCGCCUUGAUUCCAACUCCCUCGGAUUACUCGCUGUUUCCGCUGUCAAAUCUGGGCAUACCCUUUACGCACUUUCCAUCAUUAACUCAAUGCUUAAGUCUAAUUACCUCCCCCAUGUCAAGGCAUGGAGUGCUGUUGUUAGCCGUCUUUCGGCUGCGCCUGAUAAUGGCCCAAUUGAUGCUAUUCGGUUGUUUUAUUCUGUCGUAAAACGGGUUCGAAAGGUUGAGGAUAGGACCCUUGUGGGUUACUCUUGUCCUGAUACUGCUGCCUUCAAUGCUGUGCUUAAUGCCUGUGCUAAUCUUGGGGAUGUGGUGAGGUUUUGUAAGGUGUUUGAUGAAAUGCCUGAGUGGGGUGUUGUGCCUGAUGCGUUGACGUAUAAUGUGGUGAUCAAGUUGUGUGGGAGAGUGGGUAGGAAGGAGUUGCUUGUUUCUGUGUUGGAAUUGAUGUUGAGGAGAGGGGUUGAACCUUGUGUUACCACUUUGCAUUCGCUUGUUGCGGCUUAUGUUGGCUUUGGUGAUUUAGGGACCGCGGAGCAGUUGGUUCAGGCGUUGCGUGAGGGUAGGAGGGAUGUGUGUCGGGUUCUUAGGGAUGCGAAUUUAGCGAAUGUUGAUGAUGCUGGUGAGGAUGAUGAUGGGAAAGAAUAUAACAAGCAUGGAAAUGAUGUGCUGCUUGAGAAGCUAGUUCCUAGCUCGAUUGUUGAUGAUUCGGAACCUCUGUUGCUGCCUAGACUGUACUCACCGGAUUCAAGGAUAUACACAACUUUGAUGAAGGGGUAUAUGAAGACAGGGAGAGUGUCUGACACGGUGCGAAUGCUGGAGGCAAUGAGGCGUCAAGAGGAUAGUGCUAGUCACCCUGACCAUGUUUCUUAUACUACAGUAAUCUCUGCUCUUGUUAAAGCAGGAUCUAUGGACAAGGCUAGGAUAGUUCUGGCUGAGAUGGCAAGGAUUGGCGUAUGUGCCAAUCUGGUUACCUACAAUAUUUUGCUGAAAGGUUAUUGCCAGCAGUUGCAGGUUGAUAAAGCGAAAGAACUUGUGAGGGAGAUGACUGGUGUUGCUGGGAUAUCGCCUGAUGUGGUUUCAUACAAUACGUUGAUUGAUGGGUGCAUAUUGGUGGAUGAUAGUGCAGGAGCUCUUGCGUACUUCAAUGAGAUGAGGGCGCGAGGAAUUGCUCCAACAAAGAUAAGCUACACCACAUUGAUGAAGGCUUUCGCGUUGUCUGGGCAACCAAAGUUAGCAAACAAGGUCUUUGAUGAAAUGUUGAACGAUCCUAGAGUAAAAGUUGAUCAAGUGGCUUGGAAUAUGUUAGUUGAAGGGUAUUGUAAGAUGGGAUUGAUUGAAGAAGCCAAGAACGUGGUUGAGAGAAUGAGAGAACAUGGUUUUCACCCUAAUGUCUCGACCUAUGGCAGCCUUGCUAAUGGAAUUGCAUUGGCUAGGAAACCGGGGGAAGCAUUACUUAUUUGGAAUGAAGUGAAAGAGAGAAGUGCUCCAAGGAGAGACGAGGAUGCAAACAAUCCUUCAUUGCCACCACCAAUAAAGCCUGACGAAGGGCUACUAGAUACUUUGGCUGACAUUUGUGUAAGAGCGGCUUUCUUUAGGAAAGCUUUGGAGAUUGUUGCUUGCAUGGAAGAGAAUGGGAUUUCUCCAAAUAAAACCAAAUUUACGAGGAUUUAUGUUGAGAUGCACUCAAGGAUGUUUACAAGUAAGCAUGCAUCCAAAGCCAGACAAGAUAAAAGGCGAGAGAGGAAAAGAGCUGCAGAAGCUUUCAAGUUUUGGUUAGGAUUGCCAAAUGAGUACUACGCUACUGAAUGGAGUCUUCUCAAUCCAAGCGAACGCAAUGAUUAUGAAUCAGGUCCUAUUUAAAUCGACUGGUGGACUAGUAGGUAAUGAUACUGGAUUUUAACUUUGCAGAUCACAGCUGACAAAGUUUCAAUUGUACAAAGCUGCAUCAGAAUUCAGAACAUCUUAUCAAGUAAAUCAUGGUUUCUAUCAGCUAGUAAUUUUGUAUACUAGAUUUUCGUUGUGUAUCAUAUGUACAGCUAUUUGCAGAACUUAGAUAACAAAACGAAACAGAACCAGUUGUAAUUUGGUACAAUCUUGAUUUAUACUUUUUUGUACAAGCCAUGUGUAAUACUAUAAUACAAGCAAUAUCAUCACGGCUUCUAUUUA